CACCCUAGCAUUUAAAAAUCAAAAUUUUGGACAUUAUUGGAUUGACAUUAAGCUAAUUGAAGUGGGGGUAAACCUCUAUAAAAGUACAACAAAACUAGACAAAAGAAAAGCACAUGCUAACACUGAGAAAACACCCGAAAAAUACCUUGUGCACAAUACAAAUGCAAAGUUCGAUCAUCACACGGCAGCAACGGCGGUGAAACCAACGAUUUUCACAUAAAAACAACAACAAAAUUAGGUGGGACUGCAAAAAAACCCAGACCCACUUCAAAGUAAGAGAAGAAAAUUUGAAAGAGAUCUCUUUUUCUUCUUCUUUUGUCGCUUUUUUGUGCCAGAAACUUUUUUACAGAGUAGCAAUUUUGCAGAGUGACACAAAUUAAACUUGUUUCGAGUCUCAGUGAACAAUUGAUUGAAGAUAUACCCAGAUCAUAUUUUUGGGUUAAUUUUGAUGAUAUUUUCUGAUUUUCAAUCCAAGUUAAGUACAAAUUUCUGGGUUUUUGAAAUUUGGUGGGGUUAUUAUUAUUUUCUCUCUCUUCACAUUUCUGGGUAUGGUAGACAAUCCGUUUGUUUUCAUGUGGUCCGUGUUGUUCUGUUCUUCUAUGAGCUGUCUUCCUUUUUGAGCUCAAUACCCAGAUGGCGAAAUGCCCUUAAAUUUUGAAUAAUUUCUUAUUUCUCAGUCUCUCUCCUUUUUCACCGACUUCAAUAUUGAUUGAUCAAAGUUUCCAGUUCUGGGUAUUAGUAUAAUCAUAAUAAUAAUAAUAAUAAUAAUAAUAAUAAUAAUAAUAAUAAAACCCAGUUGUUCAAUCAUAUUCAUUGUUGAAUCCCCAAUUAGCAAUGUUAUUAAUGGCAAAUGAGAGUUUGCCUAGAGAUGUUCUGGGUAUUCCUAUACUAGAACUGCUGUCAAUCUGCAUAAAUUUGGCCUUUUUGCUUGUUUUUCUGUUAAUGGUGUCUGCAAGGCAAUUCAAUACUUGUAUUGGCAGUAUCAGGUUGAUUAAGAAUGAUUCGAACUCGAAUUUGACCCCGGUUCGAGGUGGGUUAGACUAUGAAUUGAGUGAAAUUGUAGUGGGUAUUGGGUAUAAAUUGACUGUGUUGAGUUGCUUCUAUGUGUUGCUAGUACAAGUAGUUUUGUUAGGAUUUGAUGGGGUAGAAGUUAUUAGGGAGGCAUCUCAUGGAAAUGUAGGCAGUUGGGUGGAUAUAUGUUGGCCUGCAACUCAGGUUUUAGCUUGGUUAGUGAUGUGCCUUUUGACACUUCAUUGUAAAUUUAGGCCUUCUGAGAGUUUUCCUAUGUUGCUUAGGGUUUGGUGGUUUGCAUCAUUUGUUGUUUGUGUGUGUAAUUUGUACUUUGAUGGCCGAGGUUUGGUCAAAGAGGGGUCGAAUCGUUUGUCUGCCCAUGUUGUGGGGAAUUUUGUUGCAACUCCUGCACUUGGGUUCCUUUGCUUUUUAGCAAUUAGGGGUUGUAGUGGGAUACAGAUUGUUGGGAACUCUGAUCUUCAAGAGCCGUUGCUCGAAGAAGAAGCAGGGUGUUUAAGGGUUACUUCUUAUAGUGGGGCUGGGAUUUUUAGCUUAGCAACUAUUUCAUGGUUGAAUUCACUUCUUUCCCUUGGUGCCAAGAGGCCUCUUGAUUUGAAAGACAUUCCUCUUCUAGCACCUAAAGACCGUUCUAAGGCGAAUUACAAAAUUUUGAACUCGAAUUGGGAGAAAUUGAAGUCUGAAAGUUGUUUUGGAGGGAAGCAGCCUUCAUUGGCUUGGGCGAUCCUUAAGUCGUUUUGGAGGGAGGCAGCUUGCAAUGCUGUAUUUGCUGGAUUGACAACGCUGGUUUCGUACGUUGGUCCGUACAUGAUUAGCUAUUUUGUUGAUUACUUGGGAGGGAUAGAGACCUUUCCCCAUGAGGGUUAUAUUCUUGCUGGGAUAUUCUUUUCAGCUAAGUUGGUAGAGACUUUUUCUACUCGUCAAUGGUACAUUGGAGUUGACAUUUUAGGUAUGCAUGUGAGGUCAGCUCUGACUGCUAUGGUGUACAGAAAAGGGCUUAAGUUGUCAAACUCGGCCCGGCAAAGUCAUACUAGUGGAGAGAUUGUGAAUUACAUGGCAGUUGAUGUCCAGAGAGUGGGGGAUUACUCCUGGUAUCUUCAUGACAUAUGGAUGCUACCAAUGCAAAUUAUCCUUGCUUUGGCAAUUCUCUACAAGAAUGUAGGAAUAGCUUCUUUGGCUACAUUGGUAGCCACAAUUGUAUCCAUUGUUGUUACGGUACCUAUAGCGCGAGUGCAAGAAGAAUAUCAAGACAAGCUAAUGUCUGCCAAGGAUGAUAGAAUGAGGGCGACCUCAGAGUGUUUGAAGAACAUGAGGAUUUUGAAGUUGCAUGCUUGGGAGGACAAGUACGAACAUAUACUUGAGGAGAUGAGAAAUGUUGAGUUCAAGUGGCUAAGAAAAGCACUUUAUUCUCAAGCCUUUAUCACAUUCAUGUUUUGGGGCUCUCCCAUAUUUGUGGCUGUAGUUACUUUUGCUACUUGCAUUUUGUUGGGUGGUGAGCUGACUGCAGGAAGUGUUCUUUCUGCUCUUGCCACUUUUAGGAUUCUCCAAGAGCCGCUGAGAAAUUUCCCAGAUCUUGUGUCAAUGAUGGCCCAGACAAAAGUUUCUCUUGAUCGUCUUUCUAAAUUUCUUCUGGACGAAGAAAUCCAAGGAGAUGCGACCACGAUACUACCAAGGGGAUCUUCUGAUACUGCCAUUGAAAUUAAGGAUGGAAAAUUCUGCUGGGAUCCUUCUUCUAUGAGAACCACUUUGUCAGGGAUUGAAAUGAAGGUUGAAAAAGGGAUGCUUGUGGCUGUUUGUGGAAUUGUUGGAGCUGGAAAAUCAAGUUUUCUGUCUUGCAUCCUUGGAGAGAUACCCAGACUCUCUGGUGAAGUCAGAGUAUGUGGUUCUGCAGCUUAUGUAUCUCAAUCAGCAUGGAUUCAAUCUGGAACUAUAGAAGAUAAUAUCCUUUUUGGAAGCCCAAUGGAUAAACCAAAGUAUAAGAGUGUUAUUAAUUCCUGUGCAUUGAAGAAGGAUCUAGAAAAUCUUUCACAUGGAGAUCAAACCAUCAUUGGAGACAGAGGUAUCAACCUAAGUGGUGGCCAGAAGCAGAGGGUGCAGCUUGCCAGGGCCCUAUAUCAGGAUGCUGAUAUCUAUUUGCUUGACGAUCCCUUUAGCGCUGUAGAUGCUCAGACUGCAUCUUUUUUGUACAAGGAAUUUAUACUGACAGCUCUGGCUUCAAAGACUGUGAUUUUUGUGACACAUCAAGUUGAUUUUUUGCCCUCUGUUGACCUGAUAUUGGUACUUAGAGAAGGACGCAUAGUACAGGCAGGGAAAUAUGAUGAUCUUUUGCAAGCUGGCACGGAUUUUAACUCCCUGGUAUUUGCUCACAAUGAGGCUAUUGAAGCAAUGGACUUAGGUCAUCACUCAUCUGAAGAUUCGGAUGAGGGUUCUAGCCCACAGAAUGACUUUGGUGACAUCGAUCAUGAAACUAGUAGUUGUAAAGGUAGUUUAGUAAAGGAAGUACAGGCAAGCAUGUCUUCUCCUGACCUAAAAGCAAUUAAAGAGAAAAAGAAAGCAAAGCGAGCAAGGAAAAAACAGCUUGUUCAAGAUGAGGAGAGGGAAAGAGGUAAAGUCAGUAUGAAGGUGUAUUUGUCAUAUAUGGCGGCAGCCUAUAAAGGAUUGUUAAUUCCACUCAUCAUCCUUGCACAAACUCUAUUUCAAGUUUUGCAAAUAGCCAGCAGUUGGUGGAUGGCCUGGGCAAACCCACAAACAGUAGGGGAUACUCCUAAGACGAGUAAUGUAACUCUUCUUGUUGUUUACAUGGCGCUUGCAUUUGGAAGCUCUUGGUUUGUAUUUGUGAGGGCUCUUUUAGUGGCAACCUUUGGGCUGGAAGCUGCUCAGAAGUUGUUCAUAAAGAUGCUUAGGUGUAUUUUUCGAGCACCUAUGUCAUUUUUCGACUCUACUCCAGCUGGACGGAUACUUAAUCGUGUUUCCGUUGAUCAAAGUGUUGUAGAUCUGGAUAUUCCUUUCAGGCUCGGUGGAUUUGCUUCAACAACGAUACAACUUCUUGGCAUAGUUGGUGUAAUGAUGAAAGUUACCUGGCAAGUGUUGCUUCUUGUUGUUCCAAUGGCUAUUAUUUGCUUGUGGUUGCAGAAAUACUACAUGGCUUCAUCACGGGAAUUGGUUCGCAUUGUAAGCAUCCAAAAAUCUCCAGUUAUCCAUCUUUUUGGCGAGUCAAUUGCUGGAGCUGCCACUAUAAGAGGAUUUGGGCAGGAAAAACGCUUUAUGAAGAAGAAUCUUUAUCUUCUUGAUUGUUUUUCCAGGCCAUUUUUCUGCAGCAUUUCUGCCAUUGAAUGGCUUUGCCUGCGUAUGGAGUUGCUUUCCACAUUUGUCUUUGCUUUCUGCAUGGUUCUGCUCGUGAGCUUCCCAAGGGGAACCAUUGAUCCAAGUAUGGCGGGCCUUGCUGUGACCUAUGGCUUAAAUUUGAACGCACGUCUAUCACGAUGGAUACUUAGCUUCUGCAAACUUGAAAACAAAAUCAUUUCCAUAGAAAGGAUUAAUCAGUAUUCUGAAAUCCCAAGUGAAGCACCACCAGUUAUUGAGAGCUGUCGACCUCCAGCUGCAUGGCCAGAAAUUGGGACUAUUGAACUGAUAGAUCUGAAGGUGCGAUAUAAAGAGAACCUUCCUUCUGUUCUUCACGAUUUGACUUGCACAUUUCCUGGUGGGAAGAGGAUUGGCAUUGUUGGGCGUACUGGAAGUGGAAAGUCAACAUUAAUUCAGUCACUUUUCCGAAUGGUUGAACCUGUUGCUGGAAAGAUCAUCAUUGACAACAUUGAUAUCAGCACGAUUGGGCUUCAUGAUCUCCGAAGCCGUUUGAGUAUCAUUCCACAAGACCCUUCCUUAUUUGAAGGUACCAUCAGGGGCAAUCUUGAUCCUCUUGAAGAACACUCUGAUCAGGAAAUUUGGGAGGCACUUGAUAAAUCGCAGCUUGGAGCCCUUAUUCGUCUAAGAGGCGAAAAGCUUGAUUCGCCAGUGCUUGAAAAUGGAGAAAAUUGGAGUGUGGGACAACGACAACUUGUUUCUUUGGGCCGUGCUUUGCUUAAGCAAGCAAGGAUACUUGUUCUUGAUGAAGCCACUGCUUCUGUUGAUACAGCGACAGACAAUCUUAUCCAGAGUUUGAUAAGAGCUGAGUUCAAGGAUUGCACAGUUGUGACCAUAGCGCAUAGAAUACCAACAGUCAUGGACAGUGAUUUUGUGUUGGUCCUCAGUGAUGGUCGAGUGGCUGAGUUUGACAGUCCUGCACGGUUGAUGGAAAACAAGUCAUCUGUGUUUUCUAUGUUGGUAGGAGAAUAUACAUCAAGGUCAAGCAGUAUAUAAUUUUCAUUAGUAGAAGCCGAUUUCAGGCCAAGAUGGAACCUGUUCUGUUUCAGGCCAACCUUGAAAGAAACUGAUUGUUUCUGUGCCUACCGAGCUGCAGCCCCUCGGCCAAUGGACAAGUGAGAAAGGAGGUCAGAACUCCAUAAUUCUCAAUCCCAUUUCUGGGCUAAGAUAUCCUCCAGUUUUGAAGAACAAGAUUGCCCUAUGUGUUUACAAGGGCGUGACUUGGGAUUUCCUGCCCAAUUAAGAGUUGAUGGAAGAUGGGGUUGAACAGGAUUCAGAGAUAAUAACUAUCUGAAACCAGAGAAGAAUAAACGAUUCGGAUUACAAGAAAUCGUAACCCAUGCAUGCUGAUGAAGAAGCAGCUGCUCUGAUCCUUUUUGUCUAUAAAUAUGUAGAGCCUCAAACAGACUAUUAUUGCUGAUCCCACGCUCCCACUUCCUGUAAAAUAAUACAACCUCAUGAUUUGUAAAGUCAGUUCUUUUUAAUGAUAAAUCAUUUUGCACUAUGGUAUUUCA